AUGCUCUCUUCCAUUCUCAAGCUAUUGACAAAAAAACGAAGUGUAAGGCUGCCUACGGCUAACCAGGAUUUCUUCCGACAUACUACCAAUACGUGGUUGUUCAACGCGAGUGCUCGGACGUCAAAUCGCAUUUUUGAGCUGGAACUUGAUGAUGGCUCUCAACUCAUCGCCAAGAUUCCGUUCCCAAUUGCUGGCCCCCCACACUACACAACAGCCAGUGAGGUCGCAACAAUACGGUGUUAUGCUCGCGAGAUGCUACGAAUACCCGUUCCUCGGGUUAUUUCUUGGUGUUCUAAAGCGGAGAACACUCCAGUAAAGUCCGAGUUUAUCAUUAUGGAAAAAGUACAAGGCGUUCAACUGUACGACCACUUGGCCAAACUCGACAAGAAACCCUGGAUCCAGUUCACGUCAGACCUGGUCAAAAUGGAGAAACGACUGACCGAUGCGGAGCUCAGCGACUUGGGAAGCCUCUACUUCGAAAGAGACUUGCCUCCAGGAACUAAAAAAACUUCCAUGCGGCUGAUAGACAAGAAUGGAACGAAUGUCAACCAUGAUGGUAUCUGCAUUGGUCCCAGCGUCGACAGGCGGUUCUGGCGCGGGGAGCGCACAAAUAUGCAGACCGAUAGAGGUCCCUGGGAUAGUUUACCGGAUUAUACCCGAGCAAUCAUCGAUUGCGAGAUUCAGUGGCUUCGAUCUCAUGCGAAGCCGCAUCCCAAGGACAGCCCCUUGUUUCGCUCAGACAGAGAAAACGAUCCACAAACACACAUUCAUCUUCUCGAGAAAUACGCCCUUGUCGUGGACGCCCUCGUUCCACGCGCCGAUUUGUGUACUUUCCGCCUGUGGCAUCCAGACUUGCAUCUCUCGAAUAUUUUGAUCUCCGGGCCCGACCUGGGCAACGUUGCGGGUGUUAUUGACUGGCAGGAAGCUUGCAUAGACCCGUUGUUGGUCGUUGGUUCUGUUCCCGACUUCAUGGGAUAUCCCGGUGGCAAAUAUGUCCCUCAGACGUCACCACCUGGUAAAGCUACUCCGGAUCCAGUCCUUCCGGAAAUUUUUGAUGAACUGGACGCCAUAGAGAAGCAAAAGGCGGAAGACGAGCUGAAAGCUGCCAAACGUUAUCAAGGCUAA